GUUUGCUGGGCUCGGGUUUUGUGCUGCUGCUGCUUGGAGCCCGCGCGCUUUCUGCCUCGAGGGCGGCGGCGUGUGGCGAAAGUGGUCGGUAAAUAAGUAAAUAAAUCGUGGACACCACAACCCCACACGCAACCCACACACACACACAAAAAGGCUGCCGAAGGCCACAGAGAGAGAGAGGCGAGAAGCGAGGAGCUCAGGAGGAGGAGGAGGAACCUCGGGCCUGGCGGCGCCGUGCGGCCUCCCGCUUGCUCCCCCCUCAGCGGUAGCGGCAGAAGAAGAAGAAGGCGAAGAGGGGGGCCCCCCCUUUGGCCGUGAGGGGCUUGAGGGGUUGUCGUGGGGGGCAGCCGGAACGAGCACGAAGAGGAGAGAGAGACAAGGCCGAGAACAAAACAAUUCUGUCGAGGUACCAACCCAGUGAAGAAUCGCCUGCUGUCGUUCAGGUCAAGGAAAACAACACGAGAAGUCGAGCGAGACUUCGGCGAGAGCGACUGCUCUCAUUUUGGGCCUGGGAUUUCGCUGCAGCCAGCAUGGGCCUCAGAGGCAGGGCUGGCCAGGACUUGCUCGGCUAGAAGGCCCCUUCACCAAGGAAGGAUCGAGGAGAAGGGGGCCCUGCUUGGUGGCGAAGGGAGAGAGAGGUGGGGGGGGGCGGGGGUGGGUGGGCUGGGGGUGGAUUUGUCCACGCUGGGUAUUUGAGGUGGCUUUGAGGACGUGGACCUUGGUGGUGGUUUUGGUGGUGGUGGUGCUGGAGGUGACGGUGUUCUUGUGCGGUUGGCGAGCGGGAGGAUGGCUCACCCUGGUGGGGCCGUGGAGCCUCGGAAGAACAGCGCGUUUCUCGACGCACUUCGACAAUUCCACCAAGGCCGCGGCACACCUUUUAAAAAGACCCCUCUAGUUGGCGGCAGGGAAAUUGAUCUGCACUCGCUGUACACACGGGUGACUUCUCUCGGCGGCUAUCACAAGGUUACGGACAAGCUACUCUGGGAAGACAUUGUAGAAGACUUCAACUUCCCGAGAGGCUGCUCAAACGCGCCGUUUGCUCUCAAGCAAUGCUACAAGAGGUACUUGGAGACGUACGAAAAGGUCCACCACUUUGGGGAGGAAGACGAUGAAUUCCAGGGAAGCUCGCGGCCGCAAACUCCCGUGGGCGGCAUCUCCUACACAUACAAUUACCAGCAGCACAAUGUUCCCGACCACAUGAGGCAAGGGAACGGGCUGUCGACGGAGCUGCUGCCGGCGAGCGAGUACCGCAAGCUGGCACUCUCGCUCCUUUCGGGCCUGCCCAACGAGGUGGACUUUGCGGUCAACGUGUGCACCCUGCUGUCGCACGAGGGCCGGCGUGCCAUGCACUUGGAUCGCGACCCCCGCCUCGUGGCGCUGCUGCUUGCGCAUGCCGGCGUCUUCGACGACAGUCCAGGCAGCUUGUUCAACGUCUAUGACUCGGAGUGGAGGGCAAAGUCUGGACGGGACUUCAUUAAGUUCUGGAAGCAGUCGAUUGAUGACUUGGAGGUGCGAGAACUCAUCUGCGACAAAAAUAAAGGCCGCACGGAGCAGCGUCCGUGGGGCGAGUGGCUGCUGAGCACGGGCCGCAGUGCAGGCGUGGACGACCCCGAGUGCCAGCGCGUGCUGCAGAUCUCCGUGAUCCUGCGCAAUCUCUCGUUCCUCGAGUCCAACGCGAAGCUCAUGGCGUCGCACCGCGCCUGCCUCCGCUUCCUCAUCAUGUGCGCGCACUGCAAGUUCUCCAGCCUGCGGCAGAUGGGGCUGGACACGCUGGGGAACAUCGCCUCGGAGUUGCAACUGGAUCCCAUUGACUUCAGGAGUACCCAACUUAUCUUCCAUACCAUCACCAAGUGUCUCACCUCAACUGACAAAUUCCAGAGGAUACGAGGCAUGGAGAUUUUGGGCAGCCUCUGUAUGGCGGAGGAGAACGGCGAAGUGGUUGGCGAGUGCGUGGAGGUGGAGGCCUACUGCGAGAUGGUGCAGCUGCUGGUGCUGCCGGACGUUCUGCUCGUAUUGGGCACUCUGGAGGUGCUGUACCAGCUGUCGGAGAUCGGCGAAGGCCCCUGCAGCAAGAUCGCUCGCGUGCACCGCAGCAUCGAGUGCCUGGUGAGCUUGGCUACGCUAGACGUGCAGACCAUGGGCACGGAGUGCCUGUCGGCCGUCAAGAUCGUGGAGCACCACACCCCAGCGACGCACGUGCCGGCGGACAGCCGCAGCACCAGCGGCGCCUCCGCCGCCGCCGCUGGUGGCGGCGACGCUCACCUCGCCCCCGCAAGCGGUGCCUCCAGGGGUUCAUUGUCCACGUCUGCUCUGGGGACUGCCGAGGUGGACGGGGAGACCUUUGCGUGUCAAUGGAUGAAUUCUCACUUCGAGGCAUCGUCAGACUCGUCCAUCUCGAGGACGGACAUGUACUCGGAGUACCUGUCCACGUGCAGCAAGCUGGCUCGCAGCAGCAUCCUCACCUCCACUGCCUUCAGCAAGGGCCUCAAGACAAUCUUUCCGGGCUUGAGCUACAAGCGAAUCGAAGACCCCCUCAACCCGGGCCACGUGCAGUACCACAUCGUCGGGGUGCGACGGCGCCCGUCGCCGCUGCCCGCCCACGCGGCGUUCGUCCCGCACCGCCCGGGGACGCCGAAUCGCGCAGGCGGCCUCAACUCUGGCGAGACCACGGCAACGCACGCAGCCCUGCCCUGCCCAGGAUCCGCUCCUGGCGGCACCGCACCGUCACCCGGUAUCGGUCUCCAGGGCCCAAUGGUGACGCUGCAGAGACCGCCCCAGAUGCUGCCCACCCACCAGUCGCCGUGCCCGCCAGUCAUCUACACCACGUCCACCAUCCCACCGCCGCCCCUGCCCCUGCUGCCACCGCCGCCGCCCUACCAGCCUACCGCUGGCAGAACGACCGGCCAGCCUGCGAUGUCUCACUCGUUCCCAGCCUACCAAACGGUCGUGGUGUCGUCCUGCUCUGCUGCCAGCAAGCCGGGCAUGGGUGUCAUCAUGACGCAAGCGAGGCUGCCGGUGUCUUCGACGAUCACUGGCACCGCGCAGCAAGGCGGCGUCGUCGUCCAUGCCAACGCUCAACCGGGGCAGCAGCAGCAGCAGCAGCAGCAGCCGGGCGUGCUCCACUUCUCACAGGCGGGGCAGGUUAUAACGAGCCAAGGCACCGUGCAGACCACGUACGCCGUGGUCUCGUCGACGCAGUUCAUGCACGUGACGCAAUCGUCGGGCUUCCCCGUGCUGAACAGCUCCGCCUCGCCGGCGACGAUGGUGGUGACGACGCCGGGCGUGCAGCCGGCUGGCGCGUUGGUGACGACGCAGGUCCAGCCUGGCGCCGCUCCGGCUGGCAGCCCGGUUGUCGUCGGCGGUGGCGGGUGCGGUGCCGGCGGCAUUCCCGUCGGCCAGCCGAUGCUGCAGAUAACCCAGCCGCCGUCCGCCAUCACCGCGUGCCACAUCCCGGUGAUACAGUCGGCAGCGCAGCCGAGCGGCGGCGUGGCUAACCACGUUCAGGUGCCGCAAACGAUGGACGUCUCCGUGCAGAACUCUGUUGCGCGGUUCCAAGUCGUCUCGCAGCAUCAGCAGCAGCAGCCGCUCAACCAGCAGCAGCAGCAGCAGCAUUUGGCUCUUUAUCAAGGUCAGGUUCAUCACGUGACGAGCUCCGCGGGCCAUGUCGCCUUCCUUCACCAGGCCCUGCCGACGCAAGGGGGCAGCGCCGUAGCGGCAGCGGUCGGCCCUGCGGCCGCGACUUCGCAACAGGAGCCUGCGAUGCUCGGCGCCGCACCCCACCAGCAACAGCACCAUGCGCUUGCGUCGGCACCCACGGUCAUCCAGAGUCCAACGAGACACACCUUCCAAAACAUCGCGCCGAAGCCGGCCAGCGGCACUCCCACGCCCGCACCCAGCCUGCAGAGCCCGCAGCAGGUGCACGUUAUCGUCGGGCAGCAGGGCGGCACGUGCGUGGCACCCGGCGGCCCCCAGCACGUCCCAGCCGUGCAUCAGAUAGUGCUCGCCGGGCAGCCACACCAGCGGCAACUCGCCCCAACUCCGCACGGCGGCGGUGGCGGCAUUAGCAGCAUGGCGGGAGUACAGCCGCAGAUGUCCGCUUGCGUGGCCCCGCAGGUGGUCGGAAUACCUUCCGGUGUCCCCACGCUAAAUCAGAUGCUCACGAUACGCUGUCAGCACCAGCAACAGCAGCAGCAGCAGCCAAUUCAGCCGGCGGUCAGCGGAGCAGCAGCCCAGCAGCAGGCGACCCCGAUGCAGGACUCCACGUCGCCGUUGGUGAAGCAGCUGCUCUUGCCGCGGAGAAAUGCCGUGACGCCCACCGGCAAGAUGAUCCUGACGGUCCCGCAGACGUCGCAAACCUUGCCGAGGCCAGCAAGCCCACAGGUGGUCUACCAGGUGACGUCUGGACCGGGCGCGGGUGGCCUUGUCACGGCGCAGGGUGGACAACUGCAGCAGUUUGUGGUCGGGCAGGCAGGGCCAGCAUCAGGGCAGCACUUGGUGGUGGGCCAAGCAGGUGGGCAGCAGAUAAUAGUUGGGCAGGCAACAUGCCCACACGCACCUCAGAUCGUAGUCGGGCCAGCAACAAGCGGACAGCAGAUCGUGAUGAGUGGACAACCGCAGGUUGUUGGCAGCGGGCAGCCCACAUUACCGGGUACACCGCAGCAGCAGCAGCAGCAGCAGCAGCAGCAACAACAGCAGCUUCUGGUGGGUCCAACGACGAAUCACGGGCUCCCCACGCAGCAGAUUGUGAUGGGACAACCGGCAUCGCAUCUACCAGGAGCGCAGGCUCAUCCGUUCUUGGUUGGCCAGAGUUCAUUCCAGGUAAUACAUCACACGUCGCAGAGCGGCAUACAGACGCUUCCCAUCUCCCACAUGCAGUUGGUGCCGGGCCCUAUCAUCAGCAGUGGGGCAAGCCAAGUAGCCAUCACCAUGAUGCCAAGCACAGGCUUUGCAGCGAGCAGCGCUGGAAAUUCGUCCGUGAUCAGUGCGACUCCGGCAACGCACAACCAUGGGAUGCCCGCGUUGAACAACAUCAGCUCGCCGCUCACCGGCGGGGGCAGCUCGCUCUGGCAAAACCAGACCAACCUGGCAGCUGACGGCGUCCUGUCGCUACCACCGCCCGCAGGGGCGGUAGCGCCAGAACUCAAGGCGGAAGCGCUCGGCACACCAAUGGGGUGCGACGAUUCCAAGAACAGCCCCACUCGGCCGCCUGACAGCCCGAGCCGGCCGGCAGCUAACGGCGAGGCGUCUGCUACGAAUUUCUCAGCCCUUCCCAACGGCAGGAAUAACAAAGUGGAACUACCUCUCAGCCCGCCGUGCCCAGGCAACAUGACGUGCGAACAGCAGCAGCAGCAGAUCAACCCAGUCAACCUCAAUUCCACAGGCAUCCUGGACAGCACUCAGGAUCUCAAAAGCGAACUCUUGAAGCAGCAGCAGCGCCCGCUGGUGAACGGCGACUCCGACAUGACCAAGGGGGAGGAGACUUACAUACCCAACAGCAUCCACAAUCACAAGGCCACGCCGGUGCAGAACCACAUGGGCAACGGUGAGCUGUCGGACGAGAGGGACUCGAAACCGCAGUGUCUGCCCUCGACGAACGGACCCACGUCCGCGCUGCGUUCCGGCUGCGACGCGCCGUCCCCGACGCUGCCCCCCGCCUUGUCGCACAACGGCACGGCACCCGGCUGCUCGCCGAAGCCCCAGGCGCCGCAUGGCAGCGCCAGGUCCGAGCAGUGUCCGGCCGCCCCCCUCACGACGACGGCAACGCCUGCGCCGACGACGAACCCCUCGCCCACUCCCAUGUUGACCAUGACGGUGUCUCAUGAUGGACAGACAGCGGCGUCGGCGGCGGUGCACCCGGUAGCGCCGAAGGACGGUGACUGUAAGCGACCGCCACUCAAGAGGCCGCACGAUGGCUCGGACGCCCUGCUUGCCACGGCCGUGCCUAACAAGGUCGGCGUGCGGAUAGUGUCGGCCGGCGAGUCGCUAACCAGGACUGUGGCGUGCGCCCCGGCUGAAAUGGUGCAACAGCAGCAGCAGGCAACACAGCAAGUGAUGCAGAUACCCUCCGCUGCGGUCCCGGCAACCCCGACACCACCACCGCCACCACCACCGUCCCUUGAGCUGACACGCAAGCCCAACCAGCACUUCAUGUGCCUGUGGAAGGGGUGCAGACGGUGGUUCGAGACGAACGGCCACGUGUUCCGGCACGCGGUGAGCGAACAUGGCCGGGCGGGCGUGUACCCUGGCCGCUGUCUCUGGGAGGCGUGCGAGGCCCAUGAUCGCCAGCGUUUGUCGUUCAUCACUCACCUCCAGGAUAAGCACUGUACGAAAGAAGCCUUGCAGGCAGGGCUUAAAAAACUGGAAGAAAAAAUACAGUCCGAAAAGCAGCAGCAGCAGCCUUCCAGCCACGCUCCCUCAAACCCUGCGGCAGCAUCGAUGGGAGCGUCGGCACGACCGCUGGCAGCGCCGCCGCUGGCUGGCACUCCCCCGGGGUUUGCCGCGCACGGCCGCCCGGUGAAAACCCUGGCGGGACACCCGGGUGCCGCCAUGCUCGCUCUGCGCCGGGGUUCCCGCUCGCUCACCUUCCGCGACUUCACGGACGACAAGGAAGGACCCAUCACAAAGAGUAUCAGGAUAACGGCUUGCCUCGUGCUCCGCAAUAUUGCCAGGCACUCGGAGUCCGGGAGAAGGCUGGUGCGUCGGCACGAGGCUCACCUCUCCACGAUGGCGCUGAGCGGCAUGGAGGGCUCCAGCACGCUCGCCAAGUGUCUGUACGAACUCGCUCAGCACCCGCCGUCGCCGCAGAGACGGCACGCACGCUUUCCCGCGGACGACGACCAGAGACUCUAGCGCCCUCGGACGGGGGCGGUUCGGUACGUGCGCGCUCGCGUACGUGCGCAUCUCUGUAACUGCAGCGGACAAUCACGGCGGCGGGGGUGGUGGUGGUGGUGGUGGUGGUGUGGGGGGUGGGGGGUGAACUCUCCCGGAAAGGAAGUGAACUCACAAAAAUGUUCCUGGCGCGCACGUGAGAGAGAGACACGACACCACCCCGGCGUGAAGUUGAGAAAGUGUCCCCAUUGCGCACCUCCCCACCACCGCCCCGAACUCUCCCACCACCUCAUCCCUCCCCACCCACCCCCCCCUCCCACUGCUGCCCUUCUUCCCAGCUGCUCCAACGUCUCAUCCGGCCUCUGCAAAGAAGAAAAAAGUAUCUAUUUUUUGAAAAUCUUGGACGUUACCUGGAGAAUCGCUCGUCCUCCCUACGUUUCCUCAAUUCUGUGUGAAAUAUCUUCGUCUUGUGUGGUGGGGAGUGGGACGCGAAAUAGGUUUUAAACAAGACCAGUAGCAGCGGUGGCAGUCAUUUUAAAAUAUUGGUCCUUAGAUAGUUUAGAUUUGUGCUUUUUCCCGAGGAGAUAUAUUCCACUUUAGGAUUCUAUAGAGAGAGAGAGAGACGCACACACUGGGAAUACUUUUUUUUUCAGAAAGUAAGGCUUUUUAAAAUAAAACAGAAACAGUGGUUGUUUACUAUAAUAUAAGGGUAAAUUUAUUCGAUAAAAUGGCAUUAAAUAUUUUAAUAUACAAAGGGUAGAUGCCUUUUCCCUACUUUUAAACCAAGACAUUACAAUACAUUUGAACCCGCAUUGGUUAGGACCUUUGAGUUUAUUUUAGAAUGGUUGAAAUGUUGAGGAUUGGUAACGUCUCUCGGUCAAUUAAUUUGAUACAAAGUUACAGCUUCUUUAAGUUCAGUCAACUGUCAACUUUUGUUUUCAUCAGUUUUUACAAGAGAAAAUAUUGUAAAUUAUUGUUGGCUACUUUGUUGAAUUUAUUGUGUAAAUUAAAAAGGCACCUGCAUUAAAUUACAGAAUGAACGUUUCCAACUGAAGGCAAGCGGUCAUUCAAACGGUAAAACUUGAUGCAAAAUACCUUUGCAAAAAAAAAUAAACGUAGAUGCUUUAUUUUUUAUUUUGUGUGUGCCCACUUGCUUUUGCGGUAGAGUUUACGGUAGCCGGUGCGUUGCCGCACGCGCUAACAAACUCGAACGCUCGGCAACUUGGAACCACGCGCCGCGACUUGAGAGCUGUAACACGUUUAUUGGGUAUUCGCAGGCGCCGUGGCGUGCUUGCUAGAGUUUCAUCGUAACGUUUUUUUCAUAUCUCAGAAAGAGGACUUGGCAAAACGUGCGAUAUAUUUGUAUCCCUUGUGCGUGCGUGCGUGCGCGUGCAAAGUCGCAAACAGUCCCGGUGCUAACUGUAAACAUGUUGCAAACUUUGCACAAGACGUUUCGGUUCAAGACUCCUCCGCGCGUUAUGUUUUCUUUUUCUUUGGUCGCAACGGUGUGGGUGGGAGGCGGGAAGUUUGACCACAGCGCUCCCAACAGCGCUCCCCCACAGCGCUUCCCGUCACGUCGCGUACAAUGUCCCACUGCGUCCAGCGAGGAGCCAGCGACGCAGCCUAGAACGGAGAAUGAAAUCGGCGGCCACUUGCACGCUUACUGAGCUGUUGCCGCCGUCUCUGAGGCUCCGGACAUUUGAGCCGGAUCUCAUUCUUCUUCACUACUUUCUUCCUGCCCCCCCUCCUCCACUCCCCGACUGCCCCCUGCUAUUUCUUAGCCGUUAAAAAUCCAUGGCCUUCACCCGUCUCUACGCUGCCGCCACCCCCCCCCACCCACAGCAGCAGGAUGUCCUAAGGCAAAUUGAGCUGGCCACCUACUGCUCCAUUAGUAUUGGAAAAACAUUGCCGAGUUUGAUUUUGGGUUCGUGUUUGAGAACAAACGUUGGGAAGCAUGGGGAGAGAGUUAAAGCCCCCCUCCCACCCCGUCGACGGAAUGUCUGGAUGCUGUCGUUUGUGCUCGUUGAGCACCGUUGUAGCGCCCUGAACGUUACUGCAUUUUGCUUACUUCAAAGUGUGAAUAGCUUUUUGUUCGGGUUGUGGUAAAGUGUUGUUCAUUAUGUGAGUAUUUAUAAAGAGCUCAAUUGGAAAGUGCAUCUUUGGACAGGCUCGGUUGCAAAAGCGUUUUUUUCUCACUGUGCACCACAAUAUUGAAUGAUAACCAAUUCUUACCAAAGCAUUUUUAAUUGGCUUAACUUAAAAAAAAAAUUUCAUGAAAUACCCUUUGGAUAUUUUCAAAAUAGAAUUUUACAAAUUAAGUGAGAAAGGCGAGUACAGAUUCAUCGAUUAGGGAGGGUGGGGGGGGUGAGAUUCACACUGGAGAGAGUGUAUCUCGAAUUUGAAGGGUUUAAAAAAGCGAAUUAACACCGAGAAAGAACGCUUGUGUGAGCAUCAAUCGCCACAAGCUUAUGGAUCACCGCUCCGGUGAAACGUGGACUGGUAAUAUCCUUACUUUGGUGCCCUAUAAAAUUAACUUGUGGUUUUAUUUUUUCCCCACCCCACCCCACCCCUGUUCCUCCCCGCUGACUUAAAACGAUGACACAACUGCCGGUAAUGAAGUCGCUGUUUAAAGUUGGAAAACACACAUGCGCACGUGUGUGUGUGUGUGGGAGCUUGGCAUCCCAUAUACUGGUGAAGACGAUCAAGGCGCGGCAAUAAGGCCGUGCGCUCAGAGCGCGUGCUCUGAGGUGGUCAUCUUCCGCCGUCCGCAGCAAACGACACACGGCGCUGUCCAUCGAUUUGGCGAGAUUUACGCAACAACAAAGAACUUGAACUUCUGUACUGAAAUUCAGCGCAGGGGGGCCCAUAGCGGGCGGGGGGGGGGGUGCGGGGACCGGGGUGGGGGCAGCGAUUGGAGCAGUCGGGAGGUGGGCAUGGAGAAAAAGCCAGGCGACCACAGACCUGCCGUGCGGGGAAACAAUGCCUUGCGAAAUGAAGUUCUUUUAAAGUCGCGAAGAAGAUAUGAUGGGGGGGGGGGGGUUAAAAGGAGAAAA